CUCCGCUAGUGAAUGAAUUAGUCCGAAAUAUACCAUUUUAAGAGUAAAAUGAUGCUCUGUGUGGCAAAUAGUUCUAUCCCGAACGAAUGAGCACAUUCGAGAGUACAAACAUUUUAAUUGAACGAUAACCUUUUGACUUGAUUAUUCGAAAAUUAUUUUUUUUUUACAUUUUUUUUUGGUUAAAAUUGUUAAAACGAAAAAGUUCUAGUUGUGUACUAGGCCAAUGGGAGAAACGCAUUCCAAAAAAUUAACGAAAAAGUGUUUACGUUAAAAAAAAGAAGAGAGAAAUUCGAUGGAAAAAAGUUUGUAAUAAUUUAAAUUUAAUUAUGAGAUCAGUGAUUUAAGUGCAUAUAUUUGCAGUUCCAAUAAUAAUUAAUAUUUAUAUACACAGACGACCGUAUAACCGCAACCAAAAAUGUCAGACCAAAACCUAGUUAAUUUCAAGCCGGAAUCGACAUCAUACACUACGCCAUCUACAGGACUGGUUAAUUUCACAAUGGAAUCAUCACCAUACACAACGCUACCUUCAGAACUGGUUAAUUUCACAACAGAACCGUCACCAUUCGACAACAUUUCUUCAUCAACACUACCUAUAGAUAUGGUUUUUAAUGAUGGACAUAGAGUCGUUAUAAUAGUAAAUAGUAUACUCAUUGUAGUGUCAUCGAUAGGUAAUUUUACAGUUUUAAUACUACUGAUACGACGGAGACUAAAAAACCCAAGUCGUAUUGAUGCAAUGCUGAUGCAUUUGUCACUGGCCGAUCUAAUCGUCACAUUCCUCAAUAUGCCCUUGGAAAUUGGAUGGGCAGUAACAGUUGCUUGGACAGCUGGUGAUGCAAUGUGCCGUCUGAUGGCAUUUUUUCGGACAUUUGGAUUGUAUUUGUCUAGUAAUGUCCUCGUUUGUAUAUCUAUUGAUAGAUAUUUUGCGGUCAUUAAGCCAAUGUCCCUGGCUGGAAUGGAUCGCCGUGGAAAGGUAAUGUUAGUGUUGGCGUGGACAGCCGCUUGUGUAUUUAGUAUACCACAAGCAAUUAUUUUUCAUUUGGAAAACCAUCCCCAGUUCAUCUGGUAUGAGCAAUGCGUAACGUUUUUCUUCUUUAAAGAGGAUUGGCACGAAAUUGUUUAUUCUUUAUUCGGAAUGAUUUUUAUGUACACACUACCGCUAAUUAUCAUUACUUUCUGCUACGCAUCCAUUUACAUUGAAUUGUAUAGAAAGAGCAGAAAGUCCACUACGGAGCGGUUUCGAAGAUCAAAUGAUGAUGUACUGAGCAGAGCCAAAAAGAAAACGUUAUGGAUGACGAUCACAAUUGUACUUUGCUUUGUCAUAUGCUGGACACCUUUUUACUUCAUGUCCGUUUGGUACUGGCUUGACAAACAUGUCGCGCAAACGGUCCAGCAGCCGAUACAAAAAGGAUUGUUUAUCUUUGCUUACACAAAUUCAACGAUAAAUCCGAUAGUAUACGGUCUCUUCAACAUACCCAGACGAGCUUCAGACAAGAGAACGUCCAGUCAUCGUCACCUUUCGAUAUCUAAGCGACUGGAAAAUUUAAACGAUCGCCGUAACAGUACUAUGAGCAAUCGAACAAACAGCACCCAAAUGACAACGAUAUGUAUGAGUUGCGGAGAGUCCAUUGAGUUGCUAAAUUUAAGGAAACACAAAAUGUACCAUUAGCCUUUUACAAGCAGCUAGCAGCCUAAGUCAACUUGUCAUCCACAAUGAUGAACUAAGACGGAACAAAGAGAUGUACUUGUCGUGUGUGUAAAAGGUUAAAUGAAUUGAAUUAUAUUCCAGAAUCUAUAUGUGCGUCCAGAAUCUUCUUAAAUGUGCAAUGAAUUCAUUUGUAAGCUUUAAGUAAAAACAAAAUCCAAAAUGUUUAAUUUAAUGUAGAUGUUGCAGAGAAA